CUUCUCCCCUUCGCACUCACGCCCCUCCCCCUCGGCGCCGUGCACCCAACCGGCUGGCUCCGCACGCAGCUCAAGCUCUCGGCCACCGGCCUCGCCGGCCACCUCUACGCCUUCUACGCGCCCGUCGCCAACAGCAGCUGGCUGCACGCGCCCGCCGCCAGCGGCGCCGAGUACUCGGGCCUGCGCGAGGCGCUGCCGUACUGGCUGAACGGCGCCGUGCCGCUGGGGGCGCUGGCGGGCGGCGAGGCUGGCGAUGCUGUCCUCGCUCAGGCGCGCGACGCCGCGGACAGAGUGCUCGCGCUGCAGCAGGCGGAUGGCUGGAUUGGGCCCGAGGUUGGAAGGGGCAGGAACCUGUGGGCAAGGUAUCCGUUGUUGAUGGGGUUGGUGGGGUUGGUCGAGGUCGAGCCGGAUGUCUGGGAAGGGAAGGUGUUGCGUGCUCUGCGGAGGUUUAGUACGUGCUUGGUGGGCAUGCUGCGGGAUGGGCUGGCCGGCUAUGUCUGGCGCGAGGGCGACGAGCUGAGCUCUGCGGACUUUGCGUGGGGCCGCGUGCGCGUGGCGGAUCUGCUGGGCGUGCUGAUGUGGGUUGUGGAGCGGGAGGGGACGGGGGACGCGUGGAAGGCGGAGCUGUGGGAGUGCAUGGAGCUGCUGGUCCAGGGCGCCAUGGACUGGGGGUGGUGGUGGAAGGACGGCUUCAUCGAGGGCGACCUGAAUUUCUUGGAUACCGAGGGGAGUGAUGGGCCCCGGUAUCCGUUUGAGCACGGCGUCAAUGCCGGCCAAGGCCUCAAAACCCUCGCGACAAUCCGCCGCCUAAAGCCCGCCAACGCGACGCUGCCCGCGCUCACCCGCCUCGGCGUGCUCAAAACCCUCGAACACCACGCCACGACGUACGGCGCCCUGCUCGCCGACGAGCGCCUCGCGGGCCUGGCGCCCUACUACGGCUCAGAAACCUGCACCGUAGUCGAGACGCUCCGCAGCCUCACAACCCUCUACCACACGCUGGGCGACGCCACGUUUGCCGACGCCGCCGAGCGCCUCGCCUUCAACGCGCUGCCGGCGCAGCUGGCCCCGGACGCGUGGGCCCGCCAGUACGUCGGCCAGGCGAACCAGCCCGCCGCGGCCGAGCUGCCGGCCACUCAGAACCGCUUCUUCAACGUCGGCUCGCGCGGCACCAUGUUCACCGUCGAGGGCAACUACCCCUGCUGCACCGUCAACCACGCGCAGGGCUGGCCGCGCUUCGCCGCCGCGGCGUGGGCGCGCGUCGCCGACGACGGCAUCGCGCACGCGCUGCUGGUGCCGUCGAGGGUGCGGACGACGCUGCUGCCGGCGGCGGGUGGCGGGACCGUCGACGUCGAGUGCUCGACGCGCUAUCCCUUCUCCCUGACGCUGCACUACGCCGUCAAUGCCGACGCGCCCUUCACGCUGCACCUGCGCGUGCCGUCCUGGGCCGACGCCGCGCGCAGCAGCGUCACCCUC